CAAAAACCAAAAAAACACAAAUUAGUUUGGAGAAACAUUUUGGCCUUCAUUUAUUUACACAUUGCAGCUUUGUAUGGACUUUAUUUAGUUUUCACGGCGGCCCAACUAACUACCUCACUAUUUACUCUAGUAAUUGGAAGUUUCGGAGCAGUUGGAAUAACUGCAGGGGCGCAUCGUCUAUGGGCCCAUAGAGCCUACAAGGCAGACUGGAAAUUGAGAACCCUUUUGACAAUCUGCCAAACUUUGGCCUUCCAGAAUCACAUCUAUGAAUGGGUCCGAGAUCACAGGGUUCACCACAAAUUCACAGACACCGAUGCAGAUCCUCACAACUCCCAAAGGGGCUUCUUUUUCUCCCACAUAGGUUGGCUGAUGGUCAAAAAACACCCUGACGUCAAAACUAAGGGCUCAACUGUCGAUAUGAGCGAUUUGGAACGAGAUCCUAUUGUCAUGUUCCAGAAAAAGUACUACCUAAUAAUGAUGCCGAUAUUCUGCUUCCUCCUGCCAACAAUCAUCCCUUAUUAUCUGUGGAACGAAAACCUUUGGGUUGCCUACUACGUCGCCGCCGUUUUAAGGUAUACCUUGUCCUUAAAUAUGACCUGGCUGGUCAACAGUGCUGCCCACAUUUGGGGAACUAAGCCCUAUGACACGAGGAUAAGUCCCACAGAAAACAUCUACGUCGGCUAUUUGGCUUAUGGUGAAGGUUGGCAUAACUACCAUCAUGUUUUCCCAUGGGAUUACAAGGCUGCCGAAUUGGGCAACUAUAAUGGAAACUUCACUACUGGAUUUAUUGACCUUUUUGCUAAAUUAGGUUGGGCAUACGAUCUGAAAACAGUCUCCGCCGACAUGAUCCGCAAACGCGUCAACCGCACGGGAGAUGGCUCUCAUCCCCAAACCGAAAAAACAGAUUCCCAUCAUCACAACCAUUCUCACGAGGAGGGUGUCUGGGGUUGGGACGAUAGAGAUCUGACAGAGGAGGACAAAAGGAUAGCACAGAUUGUGCACCAGAGAAGGACAGAAGAUCAGGACAACUUGGUGGUAAAGCAGAGUUAGGAAAAAAGAUUUACCAUGAUGGUUGAUGGUUGAUGAAAGUGGUUUGAGUUGUUCUGAGAACAAGGAUGAAGGAUUUUUUGGGUUUGAGCAAUUUUUUUUGU